AUGAAGAACGUAAUUUUGACUAAAUUUUUUUUAUAUCUUUUUGAAUUUUUAUUUUGUCUGAAUAAAAUAUACAGUUGCAAAAAUGCAUUGGAAGAUAUUUUUCAUAAAAAUAAUUUGCUAAAUGUUAAUGAUAGUCUUACAAAUUUAUGUUUAAAAGUUAGUAAUGGCUUAAUUUAUUAUGAAGAUUUAUUAAAAAAUUAUAAGUAUGAUAACAAUUGCUUAAAAUAUAAUAAAAUUGGCAAUUAUGUUUUAGAAAAACAUAAUAUGAAUAAUUAUAACUGCUAUAAAGAAAUUCAGAAGCUUUUAUGCAAAAUAAAUUAUAUAAAUAUAGAAAAUAAAAUAAUAAAAGACAAAAAUAUAAGUAAUGAAAAUAGUAUGAAAGAAUAUAUAGAUGGGAAUGAUAGUAAAACUAAUAUGAAUAUUUCUGAAGAAAAUGAAAAACAUAAUAUAGAUGAAGAUGACAUAUAUAACUCAAAAAUAAAAAAAUGUUACAAAACAAAAUUUUUUUUUAUUUCUUUAAUAAAAAGAUGUAUUGAAAAAGGAGAUCGAGACCCUUUAGUCCAUUGUGCAUCAUUAAAUUUUGAAAAAAAAAUUAUUUUAGAUGCAAAACUUUUUUGUGAAAGUUCUUACGAAAGAAAAAGUAUAGAAGAAAAUGAGAUAAGAAAAUCAAUUUACAAUGAUUUUUAUAGGAAAGCUUUAAUUAAAACAUUUAAUUUUAAAAAGGAAGAAAUUAAGAACUGUAUAGAUAUGGUUAAUAUUUUUAAUAACUGUUCUAUAGUUGAGCAAAAUAUAUUUAAUACAACUAUUGAUUCGUGCAUAUUAGAAAGAAGUAAGCAUUUUUGUCAUAAAAAAAUUGAGGAAAUGCAUAAUAAAAAUUACAUAUAUACCUGUUCAGAUAUUAUAUUACCAUAUUUAUUAAGUUCAAAGGAUGAAAAUAAAUCAUACGAUUAUUUAUGUAAUAAUAUUAAUAUCUAUUUAAAUAUUCUGAAAGAAAAAAAAAAUUUUUAUUUAAUAGAGAAAAGAAAAUUGGAAAAAAACACAAAAAACAUUAAAAUAACUCUAAAAUUAUAUAAAAUGAUAGAAAGAAUAUUUCAAUUAUUAAAAGUGGAAACUCAGAAAGAUAGCUUAGAAAUUGACAAUUUAUUUUAUAAUUUAGAAAAAUUAAAAAAUAAAAGAAUAUUUACUGAAGAAUAUUUUCUAAUGCUAAAUAAAGUAUAUGAACAAUUAGAAGAGUUAGAAGAUAUAUUAGUUAAAUUUGAUUAUCCUAUACUGAAUAAAAAUUCUAUAGAAGAAAAUAUCUCUUUGGUUAAAGAAAUAAAAGCUUGUGUAGAUAUACUGAUAAAAAUACAAAAAGAAGUAUCUACAACUUCAAAACUUAUUAAUGAAUAUAUCAAUAAAAAAAAAAAUGAUAAGCUAAAAGAUAAGCACAUUAAUGAAUUAAAUUUUGAUGAGAUGAGAAAACUAAAAAAGAAAUAUGAUAACAUUAAAAAUUUAAUUGAAAAUUAUGCGGACAAAAAUAACAACUCGAUCUUUGAAUAUCAGAAAUCCUAUGAAAAAGAUUUCAUUGGAGAUAUUCAAAAUUUUAGUGAUUUAAUUGAAAUAUAUACUGAUCAAAUCUCUUUAUUAAUCAAAAACAAUAUUGUAUAA